UUUUUUUUUUUGUUUCGUAUUUUAUACUUGUGUUAAUCGACUAUUUCAGUCAUGAUUCACAUAGGCUAUGACUAAUAUUUGCCAUAGCUUAUUCUUUUCUUUUAUCUUACGUUGCUUAAAUGAGUAACCUGCUUUUAAGGAGCUACUCAUUCUCAGUCCUGUACUGUCUGUCUCGUUCCUCUUCGUUCCUGACAGAAUACAUCGCUCAAAAAGCUCGGAUUAUGCUAAGCUUUGUUUGGUGCGAGCGUGCGAUGAGUUCUCGGAAAUUUGUCUUUUUCCAGAAUACAGAGGCUCAGGUUAAAAGGGCGGAUGGUAUUAAUGAAGCUCUGUGUGGCGGAAUUGGUGAAACUCUGUAUGGCGUAAUUGGCAUCGGACGUGUACCCGAAACUGAGCAUAACUUGCUUUUGGUUGAGUCAUAUGGCUCCAAUGUUUCGGAGAACACUAGGCACACCAUGGAUGAUACCCUCAAGCUUAGGGUACUCCCAAGCACAUUAAACUAUUCUUUAAAGAACCCACUUAAGAUUUUAGUUCUAUAUUUGGAAACGAUCAAAUCAAUUCACAGUGAAAAAAAAAAUGAAGCUCUCUUUAAUCGUCUGUAUAUGGACGAUUAUAUUACAAUGAUUCCAUUUGGAAAAACUUUGACGUGUUGUGAGGCCCUUAUUGAGGCAACAACUUGCGGCCUGAAGCAGCAGAUUAAUUCGUAUAAGUCUGCAUCUUACCAGACAAUCAAACGAAGGAAAGCAUUUGGGAUUCAAGUUAUUCAAGACACGCUGACACUAACUGAGACGUCAAUUAUUGAUCCUACAAAGUGGCGUUUUGUUGAGGUCCGAUCAGCAACUAUUCCUGUGUCGUGGUCAGAUCGGUCCCAAAUUGUAAAGCUGUUUGAGCUAGUUGCUUGUUUGCACGAAUUCGUCUUGGAGCAAUCAUCAGUGACGGAACAGUUAGAAGCCGAAGAAAAUGGAAUUAUCGAAGUCCAUGAAGACGGCCAAUCAUUGUUAAAAAACCAUGUUGCCGUUUGUGUUUCAUCAACCAGGUCAGAACAGGUGGAUAGUAUCACAGAAGAAAUUUACCAAAGUAAGGCUUUGAAUCAAAACAGGAAGGCUUUUGCAAGUGGAUAUGGAAUCAGGAGCCUGGUGGUGAAGAUGAUAAAUUUAUCGAAAUGAUGAAGUACACAUUUACAGACUUCCACUAAAAUUGCAAGACCAAGCGAUCGGACAUCAAUGACGCGCGAUUUCCUUUUGUGGAGAAUUUCGUGCCACCUUUUAAGGCGUACGCAAAAAAUUUGAACGUGCUGAACUUUGUUUGGUAAAUUUAUUAAACAAUAAUACAGUGCAUCUAUUUUAUAAUGAACAAUUUUUGGCUCCGAUUUUUAAUAAAAGAAAAAAGCUAUCUCCUCGAUGAAUUUAACGUGUA